AAACAUCUAUGAAUCAUUUGAUUACCAACAAACAAAUAAAUGUUCCCUCAUUAGUUUCCUUGAUUAGUCCCAUGAUUUAAGCCCUGUGUGUUUUGCUUAAGAAAAUGCUUACAUCUUUGUUUAUCUUCUAUGAAGUCAGCUUUCACUCGCUCAUCUUUGUUUUCUCUAUGUGCGGGUCAUCACCCAUCCACUGUACACCAGGGCAACAAUGACAUUGCUCUUUUGAAACUGUUGUCUCCAGUCACAUUUACUCCCUGUAUCUCUCCUGUAUGUCUGGUUCAAUCAAACACCAGUAUCCUGCCUGGAACCCGCUGCUUCACCACUGGCUGGGGCCAGACUGCCACCACAAGUCAGUCAAAAUGUCGGACAGGAAGUUUAGAUGAUGGUACAUUGGAAUUAAUGUUAUCGGCAUAAUCCAAGCAAUCUAACAAGAGCAGUCACAUGAAAAGGGGCUUUUUUCAUUAUUAAAGGUUAAUGGUUUAUCACUUUUGACCAAUAGGUGUCGCUGUGUCCUAACUGAUGUGGUGUGGUCAGAGUAAGGUGACAACAACACAUGCAAAGUUUGGUGUCAAUAUGUCAAAGCAUUGCAAAGAUGCAGCCUCAGAGUACCAUCAGGGCAUGUUGCCAAAGACACAAACCCAAACCAAGUUUAGUAACGAUACGCCAAUGAGUUUGUAAAAUAUAGCUUUUUGUGACAAAAUUUAAAAUUGUCAACGCCUAAAAUGACUGAUAUGGGACAGUUAUAUAUGCGAUGUACUGAAACUGUGCAGGUGGCCUCAGGUCAUUGUUCUUAUAACACACCAAGUUUGGUCUUAAUACGCUAAAGCGUUGUGGAAAUAUAGCCUCAUAUCCAUUGGCAUGCUCUUCAUCAGGUUUGUUUGUGUGUGAUUCGAGAACGGUUUGACUAAUCAACUUGAAUAACUUUUUGCCCACAUAGUUUGAAGAUGAUCUAAGCCAGUUUUGGUGAAAAUCAGACAAACCAUUUAGGACAAUUGAGAAAAAUCUUUACCUGUAGAAAUUUUAGUGUCCAUUUGACUCGGCAUAAACCAAAGAAUCAGAGGGAAAAAAAAUAUUUUGCUUCUAAAAGUUAAGGUCCAAAAGUUAUUAGCAUAAACAUGAGUGCAAAUUUGAACUGAUGGUGGCACUAGAGGUUUUAACUUAGAGAAUCCAAACUUGCUAUGGUUAAUGUUGAGACUGUCCUCUAACUGUGUGCCAAAUUUCAUAACUUUUCGCAAGUGGAUUCAUCAGCUGCCCUAAACUCCCUAAUAAACACUGACAGGCACUUCAGACCUAAGCCUAAAAAAACUCUCUGAUCACAUGACUUUUUUUUAUUUUCUCUGACACUGUGAUGCCUUUUUCUUUCUUUCUUUCUUUCUUUCUUUUUUUUGGCCUUUUUCUCUGUCCUUGGUUCUGAAACUUUUGUUACUCAUUCACAGGGGCCAAAGAAACUUACUGCAUGUGUUUUUGUACUUGUACAUAACCUUUAAAAGCCAUCACUUGAAUUAUUUGACUUAUUCCAUUAGAAUAAGGCAAAGACUGAUAUUCCAUAAAUCUUUCAUUAACUUGUCACUUAAACUAAAGCCAUAGUGCACAGUAUUAUUAAUUAUUUAGUGUUGUAUUCAGACUUUACAAAAUAAUAAUAAUAAUAAUAAUAAUAAUUAUCUGUUCGUUGUUGUGUUAAGCCACGUUUGGGUUGAAGUUUCGUUGCAUUUACAAUAUUUUGACCAGCAGGUGGCGCCAGAAUUUGGUAUUUCAGGUUUUCUGAAUUGUGAAAAACAUUACUUUAUAUUGUAGACAUACCAUGUACACAUGAUUCUAAUAAAAUAAAGCUGGCUAGCAUUUUAUGAAUUACAAUAGUUUAAAAAAAAAUUUAAAUCUUCUUAAACUGAAGACCAAACUUUUGUAAAGGCAAACUAGCCUUAUCAUCCACACACAGAUAUAAAAUGUACAACCAAUGGAGAGAGUGCUUUAUCUUUGAUUACCAACAAACAAAGACACAAAAAUUGAUAAAAAAUAAAUAAAUAAAUAAAUAAAUAAAUAAAAAACUAAUAAAUAAAAUGUGUCAGUACUGUAUCAGUAUGUAACAAGCAUUACUGUUAUUUUUUAUCAGUAAAGAAAAGCACUGACUGUAUUAUAAUGCUUUUUAAAAAAUAAUGUAAAAAAAAACAAUUUAAGUGUAACUCUCUCUGCUAGCUUAAGAUGUCUUUAAAGAAAUUGUAAAGAAAAAGUAUAGCGGAAACACUUAAGAAAGCACUUUCCAUGAUAAAUUGACUGAAAUUUCAACACAGCAACUACAAAAACUACUUCUAAUCCAAAACACUUCAUAACAUACAAUGAGAGCUUUGAAAUCAUGAUGCUUCUCAAGGAAAUAGUCAGAAGACUUAAAGCCCUCAAACACUGGAGAAUUCAUCCUCUUUGCACACAAAACAUCAGCUCUUGACAAUGGAGAUAAAAAAUGUCUUCAGCAAUAAAAGAUCUAAACAUUCCUCAGAUAUGAGCUCACAGGAUCUGGUGGGGUGGACCUCCAUCACGUCUCAGAUUGAUCAGCUGCUGUAAAUGAUAUAAAAGCAAGAUAGAGCACCUACAGAUACAUCAGUGAGAUACAUCACACACUCAUCUACAUCAUGACCUUCACCAUCUUCUCCAUCACCUGCCUUGCACUGGUGGCCUCUGCUCUGGGUUGUGGAGUGCCUGCGAUUAAACCACAGACGAUCGGCAGCAGGAUUGUGAAUGGACAGAAUGCCAUCUCUGGUUCUUGGCCCUGGCAGGUUUCUCUUCAGCUCCCCAGUGGUUUCCACUUCUGCGGAGGAUCCCUGAUCAACCAGAACUGGGUUCUCACUGCUGCCCAAUGUGCUGUUGUGGUUGACUAUCAUAGUGUCAUUCUUGGAGAGCAUGAUCGUGGCUCCGAUGCUGAACCCAUCGAGAACAAACAAGUUUCCAAGGUCAUCACCCAUCCGCUCUACAACAGUGUAACCUUCAACAAUGACAUUGCUCUGCUGAAACUGUCGUCUCCAGUCACAUUUACUCCCAGUAUCUCUCCUGUAUGUCUGGCUCCAUCAAACACCAGCAUCCUGCCUGGAACCCGCUGCUUCACCACUGGCUGGGGUAGAACAGCCACCACGUCAAGCCCUGAGAUCCUGCAGCAAACAGUUGUACCCAUCAUAAGUCCUGCUGUGUGCAGGCAGAUCUGGGAUCAGAGCAGAAUCACUGAUGCUAUGAUCUGUGCUGGAGCCUCCGGUUCCUCAUCUUGCCAGGGUGAUUAUGGUGGUCCUCUGGUGUCAAGAGAGAGCACCUACAGAUACAUCAGUGAGAUACAUCACACACUCAUCUACAUCAUGACCUUCACCAUCUUCUCCAUCACCUGCCUUACCCUGGUGGCCUCUGCUCUGGGUUGUGGAGUGCCUGCAAUUAAACCACAGACGAUCGGCAGCAGGAUUGUGAACGGACAGAAUGCUAUCUCUGGUUCUUGGCCCUGGCAGGUCUCUCUUCAGCUCCCCAAUGGUUUCCACUUCUGCGGAGGAUCCCUGAUCAACCAGAACUGGGUUCUCACUGCUGCCCAAUGUGCUGUCAUGGUCGGCUCUCACCGUGUCAUUCUUGGAGAACAUAAUCGUGGCUCCAAUGAUGAACCCAUCCAGAUCCAAGUAGUUUCCAAGCUCUAUCUAUUAACUGAUUAUCCGUCUUGUAUGUAUGUGCAGGUCAUCACCCAUCCUCUCUACAACAGUGUAACCUUCAACAAUGACAUUGCUCUGCUGAAACUGUCGUCUCCAGUCACAUUUACUCCCAGUAUCUCUCCUGUAUGUCUGGCUUCAUCAGGCGCCAGCAUCGUGCCUGGAACCCGCUGCUUCACCACUGGCUGGGGCCAGACUGCCACCACAACAAGCCCUGAGAUCCUGCAGCAAACAGUUGUACCCAUCAUAAGCCCUGCUGUGUGCAGACAGAUCUGGGGUCAGAGCAGAAUCACUGAUGCUAUGAUCUGUGCUGGAGCCUCCGGUUCCUCAGCUUGCCAGGGUGAUUCUGGUGGUCCACUGGUGUGUGAGAGUUCAGGGGUCUGGACUCUGGUGGGCUCUGUGUCUUGGGAAAGAAGCACUUGUGACCCCCGUUUCCCUGCAGUCUACACCAGCAUCUCCCAGCUGCACUCUUGGAUCAACGAGACUAUUUCUUCCAACUAG